AUGACAUACCCCGACUUGACUUGGUUUGCUACUCCAACAGAACCGCCUCACCCUCUUUAUGGUUCUUCAACAUCUCUAGCACCCUUCAGCUCCCGUCAAAAGCCAAUAGAAGACAUGACGGAAGACUUGCAAAUAUUCAACCUCGGUGCAGUGCCGGCACAUCUUCGAGAGGGCAUUUGGAGCCUUGCCCUGCCAGAUCGAACCGUCGAAUUCGUCUUUACGUAUAGUGACGACAAACCGGCAGAGGACAAUUCGGUAUGGGAAGCCCGCGUGCAUCACACAAAACCGCCUUCAUGGUACAAAGCUUCAAAAGAAUCGUACGAAGUCGCCUCAAAAUAUGGUUUCACCAACAAGAAACCGAAUCCAUUGUUCGUCAUUGCCACCCGAAACCGUCCGUUGACGCCGCCGGAUACGUGGCUCAUCACCUGGGACCUCAAAUCAAUGGGAAGAGAAAAUUUACUAUCCAGUCCAUUGGAUGACUUUUUUAAAGUAGUCACGGACAAAAUCUCAAAAUCUAGUCCAGAAGCAGUCAAGGAAGGAAAAGAUUCAGAAUCUACUCCAUCAGAUGGCCUUUUCGAAACACCAACGACAACCGACAUUUCAGAUUUGAAUCAACUGCUCGUUUGUUGCAACGCAGUUGUGAAAAGAAAAGAAAUAAUCACGUUCCCAACACAGUUGUUGCCAGAAUUUCCAGUUGAUGAAGAUGUGCCGCGGAGCUGGAAACAGGGAGGACUUGGACUUGUGAGUCCGCUUUUCAACCGCUUCGAUAUUCUAGCCCUAGCCAAGAAUCACGAUAUAACCGACCGUUGGGCAAUUUUCACGAUUACGCUGCACGGCAAAGAACCUCGCAAACUGGAUCCGGAGCUAUUUGGAGACUCUGGAAGAAACCCAGUUCAAAUUGUCCAUCUUGAUGACGAUCAGCGUCAUCAUAAGAUACAAGAGUUCUGCAAGAUGUGGUUCAAGGAAUCGCCCGCUCAAGACGACCGAACUUGGGCCAUUUUUAGAGGCUUGAUGGACCCGGACGAUUACAUGACGAAUUGGUGGGCGGACAAUUUGAACAUGCGAUUUCAUGCGGCGAUUUGGGCUGAGGAUCGAGCUCUGGGUGACGAGGACACUAGGGACGUGUGGAAACCUGCCGUCGACGCCGACAAACUGCCAGACCCGGACAUUAAUAAAAUAUCAGACACGACUAAGUGGUACACCAAGACUCAUUCCAAACUCACACUUUGCCACUUGUACAAGAAGUCCGUGGUGUUCCGGGCGUGUUACGGAGGGCACUGUUGGGAGCCCAGCAACGGAGGUGAGUGA